AUGCACACGCUGACACAUGCCAAUUCCCAAAAGGCAAAACCACAGGAUGGAGAGCAGGCCAAUGCGACGGGCCUGGCUUCCAACCGUAGCUAUGCGCUGAUGGCAGACCACUGCAAGUCGCCCUCCGGGAGAACAACUGAGCUCAAGUUCAGGCAGUUACACUGGGGUUUCCACAAGCUGUCCCCUCCUCUCAGCUGCCCAAAUCCAGGCCCCAUCGCCAGAGCCAAUCCCACAGUCGCACGCCUCUGGAUGACGGGCUUCCUAGUACCGAUGCGGAGGGCUGUACCAGCCAUGGGCAUAGACCAGGGCAGGCCACCAGGUUCUCCCUCCACACCCCAGGAGGUUGCUGCAAUGAUUGACACCGAAUUUGCCAAGCAGACCUCCCUCGAUGCAGUUGCCCAGGCUGUGGUAGACCGUGUAAAGCGUAUCCACAGUGACACCUUUGCCAGCGGUGGGGAGCGGGCCAAGUUCUGCCCACGGCAUGAAGACAUGACCCUGCUGGUGAGGAACUUUGGCUAUCCAUUAGGUGAAAUGAGCCAGCCUACACCCACCCCGGCCCCAGGGGGCCGUGUGUACCCUGUUUCUGUGCCCUACUCAAGUGCCCAGAGCACCAGCAAGACCAGUGUGACUCUGUCCCUCGUCAUGCCUUCUCAGGGCCAGAUGGUCAACGGCUCUCACAGUGCCUCCACCUUGGAUGAAGCCACUCCUACUCUCACUAACCAGAGCCCCACUCUGACCCUGCAGUCUACCAACACCCACACCCAGAGCAGCAGCUCCAGCUCGGACGGGGGCCUCUUCCGCUCCAGACCGGCUCACUCGCUUCCACCUGGAGAGGAUGGCAGGGUCGAGCCCUAUGUGGACUUUGCUGAGUUUUACCGACUCUGGAGCGUGGACCAUGGCGAGCAGAGCGUGAUGACGGCACCUUAGUCUAGCCUCAGAGGGCAAGUGACAAGACAA